GUAACCUUGAAAUGGCUCCGAUUUAGCAGAUUCAGAAAAUUGUUUUAUUUCCCACGUCAGAAACACAAAAUUUUGUAAUUCCUAAAACAUGUCUGUUUUGUCUUCUAAAAACGAAAAGAUGAAAGGAAUCUCUAAGCCAAGCCAACAAAAGCCAAAAGGAGCAACUCGAUUUGAAGAAGUACAUGCCAGGAAUAUAGCUGCGGCAAAGAAAAUAGUUGAAAAGUAUUCUUCUAGUUCUGAUGAAGAAGAAGAGGAGCUUAAUGAAUCUAAAAUAUUAGAUUCCCUAUUUAAGCAUUACAAAUCGGACGAUAGACGCUCAGGACAAGCGCUACAACAAAAAACUGCUACGUUCUUUGAAAACGCGCUGCACUCGGGAUCAGCAACUUGUUUAAUUUGUAUUGGUAGCGUGCGCCGAGCUGAUUCGAUAUGGACUUGUAAACAUUGUUAUUGUUUCUUCCAUUUAAACUGUAUACGACGAUGGGCUAAUGAUAGUAUUGCGCAGAUGAAAGCAUCAUCUGAACAAACAGCCAAUGAACAGGGUUAUUACAACAAUCUAGGUCAAUUCGUACCGCCGAAGCGAAAGCGACCACUUCACUGGAGUUGUCCCCAGUGUCGCAAAGAUUACAGUCUGGAGGAAAAGCCCGCCAACUAUAAGUGUUUUUGCGGUAAAGAAGAAAAUCCCCGUCCCGCACCAUUUUUAUUACCACAUUCUUGUGGAGAAAUAUGCGGAAAAAAUUUACAACCGGCAUGUGGGCAUACUUGUAUGUUACUUUGCCAUCCAGGUCCAUGCCCGCCCUGUUCUCAAUAUGCCACUAUCAGUUGCCUAUGUGGUAACUCUAACAAAAAAUCUGUACGAUGUAUAGAUAAAGAGUGGAAGUGUGAUAGAAAGUGUAAAGAACUACUUGCUUGUGGCGAACAUGAAUGUAAAGAAUUAUGUCAUAAGCCCAAUAAGUGUCCCCCAUGUACCAGUACCAGUUUACAGGCGUGCGAAUGUGGUGCUGAGACGAAGAAACGAAAUUGUUCUGAACUUAAAUGGCAUUGCAAAAAGGUUUGUGGAUCUAAAUAUUCAUGUGGGGCACAUGCAUGUAAACGUGUAUGUCACUCGGGUUCUUGUGGAGAUUGCCCUUUAAGUUUACCACGUUCCUGUCCAUGUGGGAAAAACCAAAAUAUCGUGCCCUGUAUUGAAACCAUUGAUCCCUGUGGUGAUACAUGCCAAAAACUCUUAUCGUGUGGGCUGCAUACUUGCACGCAACGUUGCCAUCGUGGUGAAUGUAAUUUGUGCUUAAUUAUAACCAAAAAGAGAUGCCGCUGUGGCAUACAUGAAAAGGAAUUGCCGUGUUGGAAAACAUUUACAUGUGAAACUAAAUGUAAGCAAAUGCGAGAUUGCGGAAAACACACUUGUAACAAAAAGUGUUGUGAUGGCAGCAGCUGUCAACAAUGUGAUAAGAUAUGUGGAAAACCGCUUACUUGUCAAAAGCACAAGUGCCAGUCGGUGUGUCAUGAAGGACCCUGUUAUCCUUGUAAUCAACAAUCACAAGUCAAUUGCCGAUGUGGUAAAACAUCAAAACGUGUCCCUUGUGGUCGUGAACGUACAGCACGCGUCAUGUGUAUGGAAUUAUGCCGAAUUCCUUCUAAAUGUCACCAUCCAAUCAUACAUCGCUGUCACAAAAAUGAAUGUCCACCGUGUCAACAAAAAUGCGGACAGAUAAAUGAUACCACUGGGUGUCAGCAUAUUUGCGAAGCUAAAUGCCAUGCCGCUGCUAAAGUCUUCAAACAAAAUCAACUUAAUGGAGCUGCAAAUAUUUGGCAUCAAAGCAAGCAGUUUGAAUUCAAAAAACUGCCACAUCCCCCGUGUGAACAAUUGGUUAAGGUUACUUGUAUUGGUGGACAUGAAAUAGCUGAAUGGCCUUGUUGGAAUUCCAAACCGACAUCCUGUCAACGCAAAUGUAAACGGGAAUUACGUUGCGGUAACCAUAAAUGUGAUCUGAUAUGCCAUUCGGUACCCGAUUUGAACGAUAUGAAGGAGCAACUCGGCUGCGCCCGCUGCCAAGAGGGUUGCAAUAUACCCCGUCCACCGGGUUGUGAGCAUGCUUGUCCACGGCCUUGCCAUGCUCCGCCAUGCAAUCCAUGUGACAAAAUGAUCAAAACCAAAUGUUAUUGUGGCAUAACACAAUUAAUAUACAAAUGUUCAGAAUAUUUCAGAGAAGAAGGCACCAAAGAGGAAAUCGCUUUAAUACAAGAACGCUUAAAGAGCUGCGGAAACCGCUGCCUCAAAACGUUUUCCUGCGGUCAUCGCUGUCAUACACCAUGCCAUGCAGGCAAGUGCCCAAAUCCGGAGUUGUGUCGUAAAAAAGUACGUAUAUUUUGUGAAUGCAAACGUUUGAAAGUAGAAGUGGCUUGCGAUAAACACCGCGCUGGACAAAAAUCCAUUCCUUGUGAUGAGUUUUGUGUUGAGACACGUAUCAAAUUGGCAGAACAAGUAAAACGGGAAGAAGAAAAGCUGCGUCAACAAGAAGAGGCGAAAAAUCGCGCUGAAGUCGAACAAUUCGAGAAGCGAUUUAACAAACGUAAAUACAAAGAACGUAAAGUCGUUGUGGAAAAAACAAACAGCGAGAUUAAUUGGAAAUCAUUGAGCAUUUAUGGCGGUAUUAUAAUCGCAAUAGUUUUAGCUAUUGCAGUAGCUUUCUAUGCAGAUAGUUAAUAAGCAAAUUGUAGUUUUUUAAUAAUAAGCACAUUUUAUAUUUACGAAAAUAAAUAACUUAAGAUAUAAUA